GAUGCAACCUGUUUUGCAUCCUCAAGCAGGUAUGUUCUAAUGAAGCGUCAAAUUUAUUUUUCCUAACGGCAUAUAUGUAAAACAGCCUCGGACACCAAGUGUACUUCAAGAGUCAGCCAGCAGUUCGAGGACCAGAACAUCACCUGCCACUGUCCACCGGCCUGCGACGAGACGGCCUACAACGUGUUCCAGUCGAUGACGGAGUGGCCCAGAAGGACUUACAUGGUGACGGCCGCCUCACGAAUGGGCAUCAACUUCACUGACAUGGACCCGCACCAGGUGGAUAACAUACCCUCCAACAUCCUCGAGCUGAAAGUGUUCUUCAAGACACUGAACACGGCACUGCUUGUCGAGGCUCCGCAGUACUCGGACCAUUCGUUGCUGAGCAGCGUGGGGGGCGCCAUGUCGCUCUACUUGGGUGUCUCACUGGUGAUGGUGGCUGAGCUGCUGGAGUAUCUGCUGCUGCUGCUCUCGACCGUGCUGCGCUACUACAUGGGCAGGCUCGCUCCAACCGUCGCAUCGCGCGGGGACGAUGUGACCAAGAUCGUCGUUAACCACUCAAACGGCGUGCAGAUGACGUACCUGGGAAACGCCGAUAACUACCCGGUGCUGAAGAAGGUCGCCUACGUCCCACCGACAACGACCGCAAGCGUGUGCCAUUGAAGCAGUGCCACUCGGACGCCCCAUUUCCCCCAGGGCCAAGCUACACGUGCCAGCCACGGGUGGACUUUGGCGGGGCCCCGUCCAAGCGCCGGGCACAUACACUGUAUCGGGGUCCCCACGUGGGAUACGUUUCGGUGGAAGAAACCCGGGUUCGUGCAGUUCCCCACCGUAAUCCACUCUACUUCAUGACACAGCCUUGAAAUAGUUAGCACUGACCCGGUAGGCGUCUCAUUCAAAGAAAGCCAGAGCGCACUGGACCACCACUUGGGUCGAUCUGUGUUUUCCAGCGGACCGGGGGCGUGAUCCCGUUGGGCCUGUCCGUAUGUGUGCUAUCGUUGACGAUCGCUAUUUCCGGUCAGAGUGUGACCCAAGCGCUGCGGGUGACCAUCCUGGCGCCAGCAAGGCGGGGUAGUCACUUGGUGCCCAGUGGUAUAUCAAUAUAAGCUUUCAGUCACGCUGUGCACUGAGCCACCGUUAGAAGCAAUACAAACUAAAACGAU